CAAAAACUCAUUCCAUCAUCUCUCUCCCUCUCUCUCAUUCCUCUAAACCAUGGCGGCGGCAACUUCGUCUUCUCCGAUCUCCUUCACCACCAAACCAUCUCCCAAAUCCUCUAAACCCAUUUCCCGCUUCCCCCUCCCCUUCUCCCUCCCCCCACACAAACCCUCCCCCCGUCUCCACCGCCCCCUCUCCAUCUCCGCCGUCCUCAACCCCGUCGUCCCCUCUCCUCCGGCCGAAAAAACCUCAAAGCUCAAAACUUUCACCUCCCGCUACGCUCCCGACGAGCCCCGCAAGGGAGCCGACAUCCUCGUCGAAGCCCUCGAGCGCCAAGGCGUCGAAACCGUCUUCGCCUACCCAGGAGGCGCCUCCAUGGAGAUCCACCAAGCCCUAACCCGCUCCUCCACCAUCCGCAACGUCCUCCCACGCCACGAGCAAGGAGGAGUCUUCGCCGCGGAGGGCUACGCUCGCUCCUCCGGUAAACCGGGAAUCUGCAUAGCCACUUCAGGUCCCGGAGCCACCAACCUCGUCAGCGGUUUAGCCGACGCGAUGCUCGACAGUGUUCCGCUCGUGGCGAUCACGGGACAAGUCCCUCGUCGGAUGAUUGGUACGGAUGCCUUUCAGGAGACACCUAUCGUUGAGGUAACGAGGUCUAUUACAAAACAUAACUACCUCGUGAUGGAUGUUGAUGACAUUCCUAGGAUUGUUCAAGAAGCGUUCUUUUUAGCUACUUCGGGUAGGCCCGGACCGGUUUUGGUUGAUGUUCCUAAGGAUAUUCAGCAGCAGCUCGCGAUUCCUAAUUGGGAUCAGGCUAUGAGGUUACCUGGUUACAUGUCUAGGUUACCUCAGACGCCUGAUGUUUCUCAGUUAGGGCAGAUUGUUAGGUUGAUCUCUGAGUCGAAGAGGCCGGUUUUGUAUGUCGGUGGUGGGAGUUUGAACUCGAGUGAGGAGUUGGGGAGGUUUGUGGAGCUUACUGGGAUCCCUGUAGCGAGUACUUUGAUGGGUUUAGGCUCUUAUCCUUGUAAUGACGAGUUGUCUUUGCAGAUGCUUGGGAUGCACGGUACUGUUUAUGCUAAUUACGCUGUGGAGCAUAGUGAUUUGUUGUUGGCGUUUGGUGUUAGGUUUGAUGACCGUGUCACGGGGAAACUCGAGGCUUUCGCGAGUAGGGCGAAGAUUGUGCAUAUAGAUAUUGAUUCCGCUGAGAUUGGGAAGAACAAGACGCCUCAUGUUUCUGUGUGUGGUGAUGUGAAGCUUGCGUUGCAAGGGAUGAACAAGGUUCUUGUGGACAGAGCCGAGGAGCUUAAGCUUGACUUUGGAGUUUGGAGGAGUGAGUUGAGCGAGCAGAAACAAAAGUUUCCAUUGGGUUUCAAGACAUUUGGUGAAGCCAUUCCUCCGCAGUACGCGAUUCAGGUCCUCGACGAGCUAACCGAAGGGAAGGCUAUCAUCAGUACUGGCGUUGGGCAGCAUCAGAUGUGGGCGGCGCAGUUUUACAAGUACAGGAAGCCGAGGCAGUGGCUGUCAUCAUCAGGGCUUGGAGCUAUGGGUUUUGGACUUCCUGCAGCCAUUGGAGCCUCUGUGGCUAACCCUGAUGCGAUUGUUGUGGACAUUGACGGUGAUGGAAGCUUUAUAAUGAACGUGCAAGAGCUGGCCACGAUCCGUGUUGAGAAUCUUCCUGUGAAGAUACUCUUGUUAAACAACCAGCAUCUUGGGAUGGUUAUGCAGUGGGAAGAUAGGUUUUACAAAGCUAACAGAGCUCACACUUAUUUAGGGGAUCCAGCUAAGGAGAACGAGAUCUUCCCUAACAUGCUGCAGUUUGCUGGAGCUUGUGGGAUUCCAGCUGCGAGAGUGACGAAGAAAGAGGAGAUCAGGGAAGCUAUUCAGACAAUGCUGGAUACGCCGGGACCGUACUUGUUGGAUGUGAUAUGUCCGCAUCAAGAACAUGUGUUGCCGAUGAUCCCAAGUGGUGGCACUUUUAAAGAUGUCAUAACGGAAGGAGAUGGUAGGACCAAGUACUGAGAGAUGAAGAUGGUGAUCAUCAGAACUUGUUGCUGUUUUUGUGGUAAUUUGGGUUUAGUAGUUGUUGUUACUGCUCUUUGGUUCCCCAGACUAAUACUUGCUGCUGUUGUUUUGUUUACCUUUUUCUUUCUACAUAUAUAAAUAAACUGCUUGAGUUUCAUCUUUUUGGGCCAUAAUGGGCCAGCCCACUAAUCCAUUACCC